AUGCCGCCAAGACGAGGCGAGGCGAUAGGCACCGGGCGCAUGCGGACAGUCUCGUCCAGAAAUCAACUCUACACUUUGCAGCAUCAUGCGUCAUCCUCAUCCUUGGUAGCGACCCUCCCCGCUCCCACGUCCGGUGGAGCGGUCGCAGGGUCGAGCUCGGAGCCCAAUAUCGAUGUCAACGAUAGACGAGUCGCCUUAACAGCACCAGACAACAUGAGACGCAAGCGACAAGAAGCUCGGGAUAAGCGUGCCAAAGUGAAGAAGAAGAAAGCAGCAGCUGCUAAUGCUGCUGCCAGCGCUUUGGCUGGAGUUUCACUGGGCCAAAGUGUCGCGUCUGCGACACUUAGUAGUGCGAGUGCUAGCGCUCGAAUAAGCGGAGAAGAGAGGCGAGGCUCCGUUUCAGAGGGUCCAAAUUCCGACCGCAAUGGUCAUAGCGCUACGCACAGGUCAGAUGGUAGAAGGAGAAGGCCUGCUCUGGAAGACGUUCGGCCGCCAAGCUCGGCCAGCUUCACUCAGCUUGGCACUCCUCGCCCCACUUCUCGCUCAAGCACUCGAUCGCUACCUGCUCACACCACGAGCAGUCCAUCUACACGCCCCUCAGGUGGCCAUCCAGCAGACGACACGACUCGAGCACCCGACAGCACAGCGGCGGCAUAUGCGGCAGCAGAUGCCGCUGCUUUGGCCGAGAUCGCCGACUUCAGCACAGCACGGCAACGCACAGACAUUUAUAGCGCCUCUUUUCUCGGCCAGGUACCAGGCGCCGACGACAUUCUUGUGGAUGACCUCGGCGAAUUGGACUUGCCUCCUAUUUAUCCUGCUGGUGAGGCUCCACCUCAGGCGCCCGGACCACCAAGUCAGCCUCGAAUACCAAACUCCCCGCCUCCCGAAUUUCGAAGCGAAGAGAGCAGCUCUGGAUCUGAGAGCGAAGCGGGCGAUAAGGCACCAAGACUCUUGAGCGCGUGGGAGAGGGACGUCGAGGAGGGGCUACCUUUCGAGGAGCGCAUGGAAAGGGAAGCACGGAGGAGAGGCCAUCUCCAGUCGUUCGCGGAUGGUAGAUUCCUUGAAGGCGCCCAGCCAGAUAGCUCCCAUGCACCGCCGCAUGAGAGUGCGCUCGACGAGCGUGCGCCGCUUGAUGGAGUUUCCACCCUGCCGGCGGCGACACCGGUUGAGAACAAGGAAGGUCAAGCGGACGACACAGACCGAAGCGCCGUGAAUUCCGUCGAUCUGGGGGCGUUGGUCUUAGAGGCUCGGAACCGGCGACACCAGAACACCUUGUUGCAAGAAGUAGGAGGAAAUGCAGACUCGUGGACGCAACUAACAGAGGCCCAAAGCCCCCGCCUGUCGACUGUCACACCACCAGCGAACGGAAGUGGCGAGCGCGCUCAUGCAACAGGCUCUGAUAGAGCUUCAGAAUCCUCGGCUGCGUCCAGCCAAGCACACUCAGCAUCCGCACCUCGCCCUACGCAGCCAGCGGGAGGGUCGAAGCCUGCAGAGGCACUCCGACUGCAAAGUACAACCCCAGGCAGCGGUCUUAGGACGUCGGUAAGCGCACCAGCUCCAGUCGACGCGGUCGAGCAGGCCGCUUCGACUUCCUUCAGCAGCAGGACGCUAGCCGCUCAGGGCGCACAAGGGCUUUCGAGGCGCGCGUCACAUCGUAGAGUCGUAUCCGACAGCAGAGCGAAUGGAGCUGUCUCAUCUCCUCUUUCUCGAAACGAAGAGCUGCCCAAGAAGACUGCCACUACCAGGUCAAUGGCAAGAGGCAAGGCGACUCGACUGAGGUCACGGCCUGCGAGUGAGAGUCACACAAGAUUCAGGGAUGAUGCGACUGCCGCAGCGCAGCGCCGUGGUGCUUUGUGGGCCGCUGCCUCGGCACAACCUGUCGAGCUCGUCAAAGCUCCUGGUCGUAUCUCCUCUGUGUCCAGUAACGUCGCGCCUGGCGAAGACAAUGCCGCCCUGUACGCCUUAGCGCAACAUAAAAUCGAGCGUGCUACAUCUCUCUCUGAAUCAGAUGAUUCGGAGGAGGACUGGCAAGCAGACAAACGCGCGAUAGAAGCGCUACAAAGAGCAGGAGCUCCACCUUCGGCAGUAGCAGAUAGCGAUACGGAUGAGGAACUCAAAGUGCCAGGAAGAUUUGCUCGACUUCGCUCUGACUCUCUCAACUAUACUGAUCUUUCUGGUCCUGUGCCGCGAGCACCACCUCCGCUUGUUCUUGGACGGUCUCGAGGAGGCGCUGCCUAUUCUUCGAGCAGCGAGUCGUCUAGCGAUGAAAUGGGCCGUCCAGACGAUUCUUCGAGCGAAGAAGAUGGAAUUACCGCCGCUAAUCCAACUCGACAACGGCACCCACUCGAAUUUAGACUGGUGAACGGCGCCGAAAGGCAGAGUAGAGUAGAUCCUGCGAAUAUUUCCUUGUCUCGUGCUUCGUCCGUUACGAGCACAUCCACGCAAAGCAGUCGCCGCGCUCAUUUCGUAGAAGAUCCCGUCGAGGACGACAAAAUUGCCGAUAGCGUCUUGCGCACAUUGUCUCCCGGCCGCGUAGACAAGGGCAAGACUCCGAUGCGACCCGAAAGGUGGCUACCAGCACAAUCACCGGACUCUUUGCCUCCGAGUCGUGGGCAUGAUGCGCCACCCCUUUCCUCCAUGGCUACUGCUGCUGGCACGUUCGAAGAGGACGAUGGCAGCAGCGGCAGCUUCUCGGACGAAUCUUUGGAAGACGCAAACGCGACGCUAAGAGCUUCGGCAGCACCGCGAAUGGCACACAAUGCUGUUGACACGCAAGGCACGCUCCGACCUGCUGUAAGCUCUCGCCUCAAGGGUCUCUUCGUCACCCCAUUACACGAUGGCAGAGCUGGUGAGGUGACAGACAGCUUCACUGAACGCAGUCCGCCAGAGCCGAUGCAAGACGAGGCGAGUGUUCGAUCUGGUAGGGACGGUCGGUCUUUGUUCCGACAGCCCCUGACCGAGCCCGUCAAGCCUAGACAAAGCGGACCAAAGGCGCUUCCGCGACCGCCUGUAUCCUCUACCGAUCCCGACAAAGCCCGAGCACAGGCCCUUGCCCAGCUGACCCGCCUAAGAACGACCACCAAUGGCUCCAACAACGACUCUCUCACCGCUCUGGAGGCGUUGCUCCUUUGUCAAUCCACGUUCGAGCGGUGCACCCAGACCGCUCGGCCGCCUGCCCACCAUAACGGCAGAGACGAGGCAUUACGCUCCGGAAAAGCAUUCAUGGUCGAGCAAUGGAAGAGCAAGACGCGCUGCAAGAACCGCUCUCGCCUGAUCGUGCCAUGA